UGCCUCUGAUUCGUCAGGUUGAGCAGUUUUUUUUUCAUUUCUAUUUCAUUGAUGUAGAUAUAGAUAGAUAUACGCGCUAGCCAGAGAAUUCAUUUGGCAAGGGAUCCGAAAGCGGUACUGGGCCAACACAUUCAACGGCUUGACAAUGUCAAAACCAGGACCGUUUCGCCGGGCACCAGCUAUUCUUAAGCGGCGCACUCAGACGCUUUCGGCGCAAGUAACCGGUGGCGGAAACGGUCAAGCACGUGCCUUUUCGCAUAGCAAAAAACCGAUUGUCAUUGAGGUGAAAUUGCAAGAUUCGCUUCAAUACGGUGCGAGUGAUGUCAACAAUGUAUCUACAAAAACGUCCGAUGCCAUCGGUACGUGUGCUACUUCAGCGGCAAUUUCGGAGAAUCAUUCUCUAUCGAAAUUCGAAACAUCAGGGACAACAGAACCAAUCUCAGUGCUUAGCCAGAGCUCUAGUAAUUUGCCUAUAGAUCAUACUUCAGCUCUCAAUAGUCUUGGAAACAUGACUUGGUACACUGAUAGGAGUACACUGCGGACAUCCAUGGAACAACAAUCCGUUCGUGAUGAUGGUGGUGGUACACCGCAACAUACAGCUGCGAAAAAAGAGUCAGCUUACGACGAUGCUGAACUGGACGUCUGGGAUAUUGACAUCAGCCCCGGCAAGGACCUCCGGCAGAAAGAUUCGGUAUCCACUCAAGUUGAUUUUCCUAGCCGGGCCAUGAGUGCGUUAACGCGCCGAUUGCUCGAGCACUGCCAUAAUGUUUCACCAGUUCUAGCCACCCGAGCCGCGCGAGAAGACCUCAUUGAUAAGCUGGCCACAAUCGUGGACGAUGCGGCCACCUCAACCAAAGCAAGGUUUCUGCUCGAGCAAAUUCUUGCAUACAAAUCAAGAAUCGUCACCCAUUCGUCAUUUAUGACCCGUCACUCCAAAGUACUUAUGGAAAUCUCCCCAAAAGCGUAUCGCCACCUGAAAGUCGUUGGUGGAACGGGUCUAUUAACUCUACCUUGUAAAGCUACCUUGCGAAAUCGGUAUCCCGAGGUUGCCUGCUCUCCCGCGCUUCCCUCUGAAAGCAUUCGAUUACCCGAAGAACAACAACAUCAAACACAGCAGCAGGAGCAACCCCAUCAGGUGCUCACAACCAUAAGCACAGGUGGAGUCGGCGAGGAGCAGGUGGUCCUCGAAGUUUCUGAGAAUCCGGUUAUUGAUGAGCUUCAAACGGGCGAAGCUGCUGAAACAGAGACCGUGGGAACAGUAGGAAUACAUGAGGUUGUCGGACAGACACCGACUUAUUAUUACGUGGUGCCUGGAGGUGAAGAAUCAGUUUUACUAUCGAACGUCAUCAUGGAUCCUCAUGUUGAUCAUGUAGGCGAGCCGACCUGAGUUUGGGGGAAGUGCGAACAUCGUUCAUCGCUGACGAUUUCUGUUGCUUGCAUAGGCAUAUCUGUGGGAAUCAAUUAGACUCUGACUUGUCGGAUUGAGCAAGCACAAAGACCCGAUUAGACCCGAGAUGGCGGAGGCCGCAUUCAAUAACGAUAUUCAAUUAAA